AGUGUUUUGCUAUUACGUUACAAUCCAGAUAACUCUGAAUUCAUUUCCCUUAUUCUUUCAGCUGUUUUUCAAGAUCAUAAUGCAGCAGAAAAAUGAAAAACCGUAGAAGACAUUUGCUUUGGAAAAGAAGUCAGUUGCUGGCCCAGUCUAGAAGAUGGACCACUGGAUUUGGGGAGCUUGGGAAAUACUGCUUCCGAAAGCAAUUUUUCCUAGCUAAGAAGAAAAGACAGAGUGCACAGCUGAUUGUGAGCUUAAAUCACAACAAACUCUACAGAAGACUGCAGUGCAGAAGGAAGGCACUUGAGCUCCAAAGCAGGUGGGCUCCUGAUGUGCCUCUAAAUGCAGAAACCUAUCAAAAACCUACUAUUGAACGACACAACUUCCCUUACAAAGCUACUGAGAGCAAAAAGAUCUUGUCUCUAUCGCAAAGCUGAAAGCCCAUCUAGAGAAGCAUUAAGAAAAUUCAACAAUGAAUCCUUUCAGAUUGAAGACCCCUUGAAUGAAGAAUUUGAAACUGUUGCUAUUCUUAAUAGCAUCUCUGGCAAUAUCCAUUAUGUCUCACGUGGUACGCUGUAUGGUGCUGCCUUACCUGUAAAGAAAGGUGGUUUUGUGUAUAGUGGGGAGGGGAGCAAUAAUGGUGAGGGCAGCACAGUCCUGGUAGUUUUAAACAGCUAUAAAAGGAAAUGCUGUUGCAAAGGGAGUGGAAUGGAACUUGUGGCCCCUUGACAACUAUAAAGAAGUCCAAAUUUAACCAUCAUACUGUAAAAAAGAGAUCUUUAUUUAUGAUGCAUAAGAAACUUUCUAUGUUUAGGUUUUGGUGUAGAAUUAUAAAAUCCCCGGAACUUCGAGCAAGAGGCAAAAACUGCAAAUUGAGAAAAAUCAAGCCAAGGUGGGUGGAGAAAGUUACAAGGGCCCAUCAAGAAACGCUCCGGCAGGUUUUUGAAAGUGGAUUGUGCAAUUGGCUUUCCUACUGGAAAUCUAAAAGUAACUGUCUUUGGAACUGGUACAGCUUAUCAGAUAUGAACAAUAAUACACCCAAAUCUUUGAGUGAGGAGAACGAAAUUUGUGCACCUGAGAUCUGCCAUGCUCGGGGUGUGUUACCAUGUGCUGAGCCCUGCUCUGAAGAGCCAGAAUCCGGAGGGCAGGAUGGCAGUGCGGAUGCUGUCCUGCCAGAACUGCAUGCUAGAGCUUCCCCGGAGGCAGAGACCUUGUACGAGGUGGAGACCAACGGGGCUCUGGCAGAGAAUCAUUGCUCUGACAUUUUCUUCUCCGUGACAGCAAAAGAAAUUGCUGUUUCAGGUCAAGAUGAUGCAGAAUCGGAUGAGGUUAUGGGUGUAGGUGGAAUGAUACUGUUGCAGUCCUCCUUGCAGGAUUCUGAUGUCAAUGACAAUUUUGGAAGUGGACCUUUAUCCAUGGAACUGGCACAAAAUGAGGAUGACUCUAGCCAAAUGGAAGUAGAGGGCUCCUUAAACCUGGACCUUUUUAGUGCAAAGUUACUAGAUCACCCUUACUGUAAAAGUCCUCUUGAGGAGCCUUCAGCAGAAAGCACAGGACUAAAAUCAGGAACUCGGAAGGGAGGCAAAAGGAACAGUCAGAAAGCUUCCCGGGUGGCUGACGAGCAGCUGGCAACGUGGCUUUGUGGAUUCCUAGAUGAAGUUAUGAAGAAAUAUGGCAGUUUAGUUCCACUCUGUGAAAAAGAUGUCAUGGGAAGAUUAAAAGAAGUCUUUAAUGAAGAUUUCUCUCAUAGAAAACCUUUUAUCACCAGGGAAAUAAUGAAGUAUCGGGAAAAACAUCCAAAAACCUCCACUUGCAAUUUCCGGGUCUUCUAUAAUAAGCACAUGCUAGAUAUGGAUGAUUUAGCUACACUGGAAGGCCAGAACUGGCUGAAUGACCAGAUAAUUAACAUGUAUGGUGAACUCAUAAUGGAUGCAGUCCCUGAAAAGGUUCAUUUCUUUAACAGCUUUUUUCAUAGACAGCUCGUAACCAAAGGAUAUAACGGGGUAAAACGAUGGACUAAAAAGGUGGACUUGUUCAAAAAGACUCUAUUGUUAAUUCCCAUUCACCUGGAAGUCCACUGGUCCCUCAUUACUGUGAACAUCCCCAAUCGAAUUAUUUCAUUUUAUGAUUCCCAAGGCAUUCAUUUUAAGUUUUGUGUAGAGAAUAUUCGAAAGUAUUUGCUGACUGAAGCAAAAGAGAAGAAUUGUCCCGAGUUUCUUCAGGGUUGGCAGACUGCUGUAACAAAGUGCAUUCCACAACAGAAAAAUGACAGUGACUGUGGGGUUUUUGUGCUCCAGUACUGCAAGUGCCUCGCCUUAGACCAGCCUUUUCAGUUCUCCCAGGAAGAUAUGCCCCGAGUGAGAAAAAGGAUUUACAAGGAGCUGUGUGAACGCCAGCUAAUAGACUAAUAAAAUGCAGCCAACCUAAUUUCUCUGGCAUUUCUGACAAGUUGCAGCUGGUGUUUGCAUACUUGAAUUUCUGAAAACUUCCGUGAAUUUUGAGCGAUACUCAGCUGAGUGGUGUGGCCACUGUUGUUACCUCAAUUUUUUGACAAGCUCUUUAACUGGCAGAACAUAACAAGAGCUGCCGUAAAAUAUUCCUUAUGUCAGUUUGGUUCUCUUAUGUUCUUUCCUGUAUUUAAUAUUUAUUAUCUCAGCAUGCAUAUAGGCAAAGCAUGCAACUAAAACCAUGAAACUGUAGAUUUGGUGCACCUUUGAGAUGUAGCUAGAAGUGACAAAUACAGGUGAUUUUGUCUGGAAACAUAAAGAUGCAUGAUAUGUUUUCUGAUGCAAUAAUGCUUUGAAUGUACUAAAAAAAAAUCAAUGCCAUAAAAAGAACAGCUAGAACCUGUUUGAUAGUUCCAUUGUCCCUGUUGUGGCUGUAUAAUCCUGAAUUACCACUUUUUAGGGUGACUGAACUCAUCUACAGGUUUAAUUUGUGGAGACCCCUUUUUUAAAUAGUUCAAGUUGCUAAUAAAGAUUGUUCUGUUAACACUUAUCCAGCUGUCAUUAUCAGCCUGUCCCUGUAGAUAAAAAGCAGCUUUUGCACAAAUAAAGCUUCAGCACUUGUCUGUAUAAUAAAAAGUACAAAGGUGUUCGGUCAGUCAGAUUGAUGGUAUGUUCCUAUAUGCUGCAGAAGUCUCCAUGAUGUGUCUGUUCAGAAGAAUUACAAAGCUGGCCCUGAAGAGUCACAGCUUAGAUACUAAGAUAAACUCCUUGGCUGUAACUGUUUAAGUCUCGGAUGGCUUUGGGUCAUUUUUCAGUUCCAAGAUACGCAGUGAAAUGUACCAUUUCAGCAUCUCUCCUUUCAGCUCUGUCUUCAAAUGAAUUCCUGUCAAGCUUGUCGUGUUUAACCUCCCAUCGGCUUUUGCCUUUGUUCAAAUAUAAAUUAAUUCAUUUCUGUUGCA